AUGUAUCAAAACAGACAACCGGCGUAUGCGCCUACACCUCAUAGUUAUAUACCAAAUACCGCACUAUCUGCAACCAUAAAUUUGGACGAGCUCGAAAGAGCUUAUCUGAAGGAUGCGAUACCCGAAUCAGACUAUACUGAGACUUGUGAUCGAUUAUUGAAGCAAUACAAAGCUAUAUUAGCAGAUGAAAGUGUAGCUAGAGAAUUUGUGGAUUUGGAGACUUUCAAGAAUGAAUGGGAUAUAGAUGUCCCUAGAGCCACGGAAAGGAUUCGAAUAGGUUUACCUAGCACCGUUACUGCACCCCCAAUUAAUGUGUCUACGUCCAACAACAAUGGAACCAGCGGGACAUUGAUUCUCGAGGCGACUCAAGAUUUCAUAACAUUUUUGGAUGCGCUUAAGUUGGGAUUGUUAGCGAAGGAUCAACUACAUCCGCUAUUGUCAGACGUCAUACAGAGCGUAAAUAAGGUUACGGACAGGGACUUUGAGGGGAGAGGGAAGAUUGUUCAGUGGCUCAUUGCCUUGAAUCAGAUGAAAGCAACCGAGGAGGUUAGUGAGGACAAAGCCAGGGAGCUGGAGUUGGACAUGAAUUCGGCAUAUCAAGGAUUCAAGGCGACCUUAGCUUAA